UCAGCCUAACGUGACUUUGAAGAAGAGCCUUUUCCAAAUGUGAAUGUAAAAAGCCAUGCAGACUACCGAGAUGACAUUCACUUUUAUAUAUUUUUCCAAUUCCUGAAACUUCUCUAGUUGGAUUGUAUCAGUCUAGCAGCUGGGUAUAUCAGUCAGAUGCUCAAUGAUAAACUGCUGGUUGUUCGUCGAGAAUGACUUUCAAAUUCUGUAUAUUUUAUUUUCUCAAAGUCUGAAAGUGCGCAGACUUUCAGAACUAAAACGUCACUGUAAAGGCCGACAUGAGAGUCUGAAUGAAUAUCCAAAAAGGCAUGACUUUCCAUAAUGGGCUUGCAUUUUGAUUGGUCAAAUAAAUUGCAAGGAAGUCUCAAGUAUGUGCAUAUCCACUUUGUUGAUCUUAAUCAUUGUUUUGCAAUUCUGCAAGGACUUAAUAUGUGAUAUCUACCUUUUUUUGUAGCCACUCCAGCUGCUCAAUGAUAAACCACUGGUUUAACAGACACUGACAAGUUUUAGCAUUGUUGGUGUAUUAUAGCAUUGAAAGCUUAUCUAAGUGUCUUAAGCUUAUCGUAGCCUUGUCAGGUAUUUUAAUGCUCAGUGAUAUUUGUCAAACAAGACAUAGUACUAUCCCAGGGAGUGGUUGGACCCAGGAAUGUUCAUACUUUCGCUUUCUCUAUAUAAAAACCUUUGUUUAAAGUUGGUAGCUAAACAACCAUUGAUCAACCGUUUGUGACCAGUCUUUCUAGUCUGUAACGUUAAUAAAGAAGGCAUUCCAACUAGAUAUUUCAAAAAAGUGAAUGAGAUUGAAACGAUUAGCAACAUUUAAGCCAUACACAUCUACUCUUCUGGACUCACCUGCACAGAGUAUCCACUGAGGCUCUUUAGUGACUGAUACAAACUAGGGACUGAUGCACACACAAAAGACACUGAGACACGUCAGACACUUUGACAUUAGACUUAUGUAAAAUGUUCAAUGAUGAACAGUUUCAAUAGCAUAGCAUAACGUCUACCUCAACUGUUACUCAUGUUUGCAUUUUACAAGGUAUUGCUACAUUUCUACCACUGUUAAAAUGGGGAUUACUUUAAAAAAAGGAAAAAAUUCUUUCCCUUCCUGUACGGCUGUGACGUGACACCAAGAUUUCCGUCUAGGAUUAACAGGGACAGUGGGAAGUCAUCGAGACAUGUGACAAAACAAAACAUUGUCAAUGAAAUGUGGGUUAUGCGGUCACAUUACAAUUCAUAAUAUAAUCUGUGUAUUCUGUUCUCUUCUGUCCAACAUUCCUCGUUUUGUAGAUAUCUAAAGUUGAGUGUGUGCUAAUUAACUAAGAAAGAGCUUCAUUCUAAAUAUUAUUCAUUCUGGCAUACUUUUCUAGGGCCCAGGUAAACAAUACCCAACCAACCCUGCCCAACCGCCUCCUCCUAAACCCAAACCAAGAACCAAGUCAUUCGACCUGCCUCAACAUAUCCUGGGCCCAGGUAAUCAAGACAAAACCGACCGAGCCCCAGCACCUGCUCCCAAACCCAAACCCAAACCAGGACCAAAACCAGAUUGCCUUUUCCAACGUGUUGUCCUGGACCCAGACUAUCUGAAGCAGUGGUGGACUAGUGUGUCACCUUGGGAUUCCCUCCAAGAAGACUUCAACGGCAAGAAAGAAAAUGAGAUCAUUGCUGUCAAAGCCAGGCGGUUCCACAUUGCAGUCCAGCUGUUUGACCUGCUGAUGACUGAGAAAACUGAAACCCUCAGCAACUACAUGAGUCAGCUGAACCUCAUCGCGGACCACUUGGACAAGGUGUCCAACAGGACCAAGGUUGCAGGGAUCAGUGGUGGGACCACAGCCGUGUUGGGGGGCCUUGCAGCAGGGGCAGGGAUUUUAUUGGCCCCUUUGACGCUGGGGGCCUCCCUGGCCAUGACUGUUGUCGGGGCGGGCGUGGCCACAGCGGGCGGAGUCGCUGGCGCCUCAGCGGCCAUCGCCCACAAAGUGGACCUGGAGAAUGAAAAGAAGAAGAUCAGAAAGGUCUUCCAGGACCAAAAGGACAACAUUGAGGUCCUUCAACGCUGCCUGAAGUUCAUUGUGGAGGGCAUGAACCAGCUGGCCCAGCACCCAUCCGCCUCGCUGUCCAAAGUGAAAGUGGACCCCGUGAAGCUCAACAUGGUGUACCAUCUGGGCGGGGGCGUGUGUCCUUGCGCCAUCGAGGCCAACGUUAAGGCAUCGGGGAUCAUGGAGGGGCUCGCCAUAGGGCUCGAUAUGUACUUCAAGGAUGGAAAAGGAGCGACCAAGUAUAAGCUUAGAUCCAAGUGUGCCGCCAAACUGCGUGUGUUGGUGCAGGAGAUGGGCACGGGGCUGGGGGAGCUUGAGAGAGCCAAAGAGUCGCUUAAGGUGUUUCUUCCAUGAACAAGAACAUGGAGAUAUCUGGCGCGCUGGCCUUUAGCCAAUCAACUUGCCACACACACACACACACACACACACACACACACACACACACACACACACACACACACACACACACACACACUUACAUUUGGAUUUACAUUAAGGGCAUUCAGCAGACGCUUUUAUCCAAAGUGACUUACAAUAAGUACAUUUGUCAGAAGCGAACACCCAUACACAUACAAAGUAAAGGGACAUGCUUUUCUUUCUUUUAUUUGGUUUCUAUGUAGUAAACUGGAUUUAUCUCCAUUUUCUUUGUUACUUACCUACUUUUUUGUGCGGGAUAAUAUACAUUUCAUUGGUGUGAAAAUUAAAACAUAUUAUAUUUUAUAUGUGUUUUUAUUUUAUUGUAAGGAUACACAUAUUAUAUACUUAUAUCUAAAUGGUG